AUGCGCAGCUUCUUGAUCGUCGCUGUGCACGCGCGGUCUCCAUCCAGCGACGGCUCCUCAUCUUUUUUCAGAAGUUGGAGUUAAAGAGAAGGAGCUUUCUUGUAAAUGAAGAUGGGCGCUUUGAAUCAACACGACAAGCUGUCCUGUCAGGCGAAGUAAUUUGAAAUGUUUGCUAACAGGCUAGAGUAGUGCAGGUUUUAGUUUUAGGCCUAUUUUAUGUUCUUUCUGUAAGCAGGAACAGGGUGUAGAGAGGCAGCGCGGCUGGGCCGUGACCGUUUCUGUGGUCUGACUGGAAGCUAGCUUAGCAGCUUUUCGAACAGCUUGGACUUCAGCAUCCGUUUUCUUCUUCUUGUAUUAGUUGGAUACAUAUACACAUUUACUGGUUAUUACCUUCUGUCUGGCGAGGAGAAGUGAAAUUACGUAUAAAGUUGAUUUUCUUGAAGAAGAACCAGCCCUCAGUUUACUGCUAAAUCCGAGAAAAAUAAACAGAAGAUCGAGCUAACUGACGCGCAGGACUGUUGUGUUUUCACGGUUGAUGUUUUUCCAAUACCGUUAUGGACGUGUUUAUUGACAGAGCCUACACAGCUUUACAGUUUUGUUCAGUUCUCAUACGGCUAGUAAUUUCCGGUUUAUCCAACAUAAAGUAGACACAAAUCUAUCUUUUGUGCUUUUUAACUGCAGAAUAAUCAUUAUUUAAUGCGUAGCAAGAGCUAGCUAGCUAGGUUAGUUAGCAAACUUAGUUGAAUUACGGUUAGUGUUUGAUUAAGGUUCAUUUUUAGUUCUUCAUUUUUUUACACUCUCGAGCGGCAAAUAUGUCGUUUUUCAACCUGCGGAAAAUAUUUAAGCUUGGCGUCGACAAGAAGAAAAAACAAUACGAGCACGUUCACAGAGACGAGAAUCCAGAGGAAGUCUGGGAGAUUGUGGGAGAGCUCGGAGAUGGAGCCUUUGGAAAGGUCUACAAGGCUCAGAAUAAGCAAACAGGCAUACUUGCGGCUGCUAAAGUGAUUGACACCAAGACAGAGGAGGAGCUGGAAGACUACAUGGUUGAGAUAGAUAUCCUUGCUUCCUGUGACCAUCAGUACAUAGUCAAACUGCUUGAUGCAUUUUACUUUGACAGCAAGUUAUGGAUACUUAUUGAGUUUUGUGCUGGAGGUGCAGUUGAUGCUGUCAUGUUGGAGCUGGAGCGGCCACUGACAGAGCCACAGAUUCGUGUGGUGUGUAGACAGUCCCUAGAGGCACUGUCAUAUCUUCAUGAGAAUAAGAUCAUCCACAGAGACCUGAAAGCUGGAAACAUUCUCUUUUCAGCCGACGGUGAUGUCAAGUUGGCUGACUUUGGAGUGUCUGCGAAAAACACUAGGACUCUACAAAGAAGAGACUCUUUUAUUGGGACUCCUUACUGGAUGGCCCCCGAAGUGGUGAUGUGUGAGACAUCAAAAGACAGACCAUAUGACUACAAAGCGGACAUCUGGUCCCUUGGGAUAACACUGAUAGAGCUGGCACAGAUUGAGCCGCCCAAUCACGAGAUGAACCCAAUGAGAGUCCUGCUUAAAAUAGCCAAGUCUGAGCCCCCUACGCUAAUGCAGCCUUCUCGAUGGUCUCCGGAGUUCAGUGAUUUCCUAAGGAAAGCUCUGGAUAAGAAUGUAGACCACCGAUGGAGUGCACCACAGCUCUUGCAGCAUCCAUUUGUUUCAAGUGUAGCUGAUAACAAACCCCUGCGUGAGCUGAUUGCUGAGGCUAAGGCAGAAGUGUUUGAGGAGUUUGAGGAAGGCAAAGAAGAAGAGGAAGAAGAAGAGGCAGACACACAGAAUGGGCGGGGACAUAAACGUGCACUGUCUGAAAUCAGCACUGGCAGCUUGGAUGACGAAAACCUUUCUGAGAAUACAUCUAUGCUGGAAUCAGUCACUGAGAAAACUGAGCCACCAGCAAAACCUCAAACAGCUGAGGACAGUAAGCGGAGCUCAGCUGUGGUUGUGGAUUCCUGUGAGCCUGACCAUUCUGAGGUUGUGAGCAGAAAGGCAGCUGAAACGGCAGACUUCAGUCCUAAAGCCUCACAUGCUGGAGACAAGAGCGUGUCAAGCCAGGAAGAAGUCCAGACGUCUAAAAGUGCUGCUGAGGAAAAGGUUCCUGAAGUUUCAGAGCCGCAUGAAGAUGCUGUCCAGAAAACCGUGACUGUUAGUGAAGAGACAGGAGAGGAGGAGAAGGAGCAGAUUAGGAUAAAUGAACCUUCUGAGAGCUGUGAGGAAGAAAAGAAAGUGGCAGAUAAACAAAAAGAUCAGCAAGUUAAGGAAAAAGAGGAAAUUAAGCCUAAACACUUAGUUGAGGAAUGUACUGAAUCGGUAGAUGCAACCAAACCACAGAACAGUCUCGUGGGAGAAGUUGUUAUUGAACAGGGUGAGGUGAGCAUGGAUGACAAAGAAAAGACAAAGAACUUGGUUAAGGCUGAUGGGGAGACAGAAAAGAAGAAGAUGGAUGUGCAACAGGAGGAAGUGGGAAAAGAAAUUGGUGUCGAUAUGCCUGCAGAGGAGGAAAAGAAAGAGGAGGUGGAAGAUAAAAAGCUGCAACCAGAGGCUGAAAAGGAGCAACCUCAAUCUGAUGAAGAUGCUAAGGACUUCAUACUGGUGGAAAACAAAGCUGAGUCAGAUAUUCCUGCCGAGACAGGGAAAAUUAUGAGUGAAAGUAAGAAUGUGUCAUCUGUCAUCAUUAUUAAUGGAGAAAAUAAUGAGUUAGACCAUAUGCAUAAGAAAAUCCCAGAAGCAAAUCAUGAAAAGUCUGCAUCCCUUGAAGCAGCUACUGAGGAAGAGGGAGACCAGAAUAAAGUUGUGGCAAUUAAACCUGAUAUUGAGAAGGAUUCUGAUUCAGGGAGCAGCUCUGCAGCAGACACCAACAGCAUUGACAUGAACCUUUCUAUCUCCAGCUUUCUAUCUAGAAGUAAGGAAGGAUCUGUUUCUGUACAGGAUGCUAAGUAUCAUAAGAAGACUCUGAAGAAGACGCGUAAGUUUAUGGUGGAUGGUGUGGAGGUCAGUGUCACCACUUCAAAGAUAGUUACUGAUAAUGACACCAAGAGUGAAGAACUGCGGUUUUUAAGGCGUCAGGAACUGCGUGAACUAAGGCUGUUACAGAAGGAGGAACAAAGAGCCCAUCAACAGCUCACCAACAAGCUGCAGCAGCAGAAGGAGCAACUGUUCCGGCGCUUUGAGCAGGAGAUGACUGGAAAGAAGCGUCAGUAUGACCAAGAGGUGGAGAACCUAGAGAAGCAGCAGAAGCAGAGUGUUGAGCGUAUGGAACAAGACCACACCAAUCGUCUGAGGGAUGAGGCUAAGAGGAUCAAAUCUGAGCAAGACAAGGAGCUGUCCAAGUUCCAGAACAUGCUAAAGAAUCGCAAGAAAGAGGUCAAACUGGAGAUCGGCAUGUCCCCGAAACAUAUGAGAAAAGAGCUCUCGAAACGCUUAAAGGAAGACCUCGUUGUUGUUCAACAAGAAGAGGAGCAGGAGUUUCUGCAAAAGCAACAGCAGGAGCUGGACAGUGCUUUAAAGAAGAUCAUCCAGCAGCACAAACUGGAGAUCGCCACCAUAGAACGAGAUUGUCUCAACCAUAAGCAGCAGCUUAUGAGAGCACGUGAGGCAGCCAUGUGGGAGUUAGAGGAGCGCCACCUGCAGGAGAAACACCAGUUGCUGAAGCAGCAGCUGAAAGAUCAAUACUUCAUGCAGAGACAUCAGCUCCUAAAGAGACAUGACAAGGAAAUGGAGCAAAUGCAAGGUUAUAACCAGCGCCUGAUAGAAGAGAUGAAAAACAGACAGGCUCAGGAGAGGGGCCGACUACCAAAGAUCCAGCGCAGUGAUGCAAAGACUCGUAUGGCCAUGUUUAAGAAAAGCCUGCGCAUCGCUGGCACAGGAACUCCAGAGCAGGACAGAGAGAAAAUUAAGCAGUUUGCUGCACAGGAAGAUAAGAGGCAGAAGAAUGAGCGGCUUCAUCAGCACCAGAAGCAUGAGAACCAGAUGAGAGACCUUCAGCUUCAGUGUGACUCAAACAUCAGAGAGCUUCAGCAGCUACAGAAUGAGAAAUGUCAUUUACUAAUUGAGCAUGAGACUCAGAAGCUGAAGGAGCUGGAUGAGGAGCACAGUCAAGAGCUUAAAGACUGGAGAGAGAAACUUCGUCCCAGGAAGAAGGCGCUUGAAGAUGAAUUUACCCGGAAAAUUCAAGAACAGGAGGUCUUCUUUAAAAUGAGUGGGGAAUCGGAGUGCCUGAACCCCACUGCCCAAAGCAGAGUUUCAAAGUUUUACCCUAUUCCUAGUGUACAUUCCUCUGGUUCAUAACCCAGAUCACAUGAGACAGUAGAAGGCUCUGUAGGUGAAAUAUCAGCCUGGUGCUCCUUCUCUGUCUGAACUUCCACUGUAUUUGACAGGAGUAACAUUGGACUGAAGUUAAUAAAAUUCACUUGAAUAUAGAACAAACUAAACAGCAUUGCAGCAAUGGAAAACGAGUUAAUUAGUAAAUUACCCACUGUUAAACUAUGAAUCCAAUGGAUUAACAUUUUAUUUCUGUUUUAGUCUGCUGGGAGAUUUGAAUGAACAUGGCAUUAGCAGAGAUUAGACCUAGAUCCUCUUUACUUGGAGAAAUUUAUUCUUGGAUCCAAGCAUUAGAUGGCUGAAGCCUAUACAUAGUCUAUGAUUUUUGCUUUAAUUAUUGUCACAUAUUGCAUUGUUUCCCCAGAAUCGAUUAAACUGUAGAAAACCGACAACCCUGCAUGUGUGCAGAUGCACGUGCAUGUAUAUGAUGCACACAUGUAUGACUUGUAUCAAAUUGAGCUGCAAUUUUUAUCUCAUUGCUUUUCAAUGUUUACCACUGUUCAGGAGUCUUCAGUCUCGUAUUAUUUCUAUGGUGUUUCAGCAAAUGCAAUGUUAUGCCCUGUUGUAACAGUAGAAUAAACAUUAGACCUUACAACAACCUGAACCGAGGAGAGGUAAAAAGUUCAUGACUUUCCCCUCUAUAUGCUGUUAUAAAAGCACAUUAUACUACUAGAUGUUGUGGAAGAUCAGAAACAUCUUAUGUGUUAUAAGUUUAAACCUGUCUUAAGUAGUAGCUUUGCAAAUUCUAAAUAUACGAGAGGAAGUGGGUUACUUGUGUUGAACUCAAAAGGAAACAUGAGGUUGCAGGUUACCUGAGAAUCUUGUUUCUCAUUUUUGAUGAAGUAAGAGAAGAGGGAUUGUAUAAGUACCUGUAUGUCAUGUCCAGUGCUUUCUUAAUGAAGAAUUAAUUAUAUAGAAGUGUAAACUUGCACAUGUUACUGUGGUACUCUUUAAUAAUGGGGAUGCCUAGGUAAUUGGAUGUACAGCAGUAUGAGAAUAGUCAUUCCCUUCCUCUGUCAAAAAGUUUUUUUUAUUUAAACUGUUACUUUGUAUCUAUUUCUGUCACAUAAGAAUGCAAUUAGUGCAUACAUUUUGCUAUGCGGCUUAUGCUUAUUUGGCCUAAUCCUGCGUCAUUUCAAAUUAUGUCAUGCAAUCUUGACAUGGCUCCUCCCAUUUUAGAAGCCAGGCAGGUUGCUUUAGAUGGUUUACUGCUUAGCAACAGGGGAAAGUGAUGGCAAAAUGAGUUCCCAGCAUGCCCUGUGUCCAACUUACAGCUGGUACCAGACAUUUAGCUGUAGAAGAACAUCAGCUGAGAAACUGUGUUUUUUGUGCUUAUUUGAUUUUCUUUUUUUUAAUGAUAUUUUGUCAAAUACAUAUUUAGUGCAUUUUCUGUGCAACAUUUACAGUGCUGGCAUACGGUAUGUGUCCAUACUACUCUUGCAUGCUGAAAUCCUGAAUGCUGGAUUUGACUAAGAACUGGAGCUCUUUGGACUCUCUUGAAGUACCAUUGUGCUAAUAUAGGCUUCUGUUGGAUACCUAGAGCCACACAACAGGAUUUUUGCCACUGGAUAGCACCAAGUUAUCUAGAUAAUUUUAUUUUACUGGACAGUAGAAUUUAAAACUUGUGGCACUUUGGUGGUAUGUUUAAAGCAUUUUUGAAAUUGAUUUGGCUGAGAUACUGAAUAGCUGGUAUUAUGCUGUAAAUAAAAUCUUACCAUUGUAUUUUA